CUGCUAUUUAUAACUCAAUAUAUACUUUUGCAAGUAAAGCGAUAUUCCCUUUGGUACGCAGGGGACAAAACAGUGAGGACAAAAGUAGUGGCGCCGGUGCAAAGACGGUUCUGCCCCUGGGUCAUCACUAUAAAUAGCCCUCGCUCGCUGUCACUCCGUCGCUCAUCCGACACACCAAAGCGUAGCUCAGCUCGCUCAGGCUCAGCACUCCCCCUGCCACUAGACGACACGCGAACGGUCAGUGCGUGCGCGGCGCCAUGCCGGAGGCGGUAGCGGCGGCGGCGGAGAAGGCGCCGUGCGCGGAACACAGGGAGAAGCUCGAGCACAUCGAGCACGUGACGCGGGACGCGGGCCAGGUGCAGCGCCGCGUGCUGGCGGAGAUCCUGGAGCAGAACGCGCGGGCGGAGUACCUGCGCCGCCUCGGCGUGGCGGGCGACGCGCCGGGCGCCGACGAGGUGUUCCGCCGCCUGGCGCCGCUCGUCACGUACGAGGACAUCCUCCCCGACGUCCUCCGCAUCGCCAACGGCGACACCUCGCCUAUCCUCUCCGGCAAGCCCGUCAGCGAGUUCCUCACCAGCUCCGGGACGUCGGGAGGGGAGAGGAAGCUGAUGCCGACGAUAGAGGAGGAGAUGGAGCGGCGGUCGGGGAUGUACAGCCUGCUGAUGCCAGUGAUGAGCCGGCAGGUUCCCGGGCUGGACAAGGGCAAGGCCAUGUACCUCUACUUCGUCAAGUCGGAGUGGCGCACGCCGGGGGGGCUGCCGGCGAGGCCCGUGCUGACGAGCUUCUACCGGAGCCGGUACUUCCUCGAGAGGCCGCAUGACCCGUACACCGUGUACACGAGCCCCGACGAGGCGGUGCUGUGCGAGGACGCGUACCAGAGCAUGUACGCGCAGCUCAUCUGCGGCCUCGUCCACCGCGCCGACGUCCUCCGCGCCGGCGCCGUCUUCGCGUCGGGGUUCCUCCGCGCGAUCCGCUUCCUGGAGAAGCACUGGCCGUGCCUGUGCCACGACAUCCGCACGGGGGAGCUCGACGGCGCGAUCACCGACCCCGCCGUGCGCGGCGCCGUCGAGCGGGUGCUCCGCGGCGCGGACCCGGCGCUCGCCGACGCGAUCGAGGCCGAGUGCGCGAGGCCGUCGUGGCAGGGCAUCAUCCGGAGGGUGUGGCCCAACACCAAGUACAUCGACGUCAUCGUCACCGGCGCCAUGGCGCAGUACAUCCCGACGCUGGAGUUCUACGGCGGCGGGCUGCCGCUCGCCUGCACCAUGUACGCCUCCUCCGAGUGCUACUUCGGCCUCAACCUCAACCCCAUGUGCAAGCCCAGCGAGGUCGCCUACACCCUCAUCCCCACAAUGUGCUACUUCGAGUUCCUCCCCGUCCACUCCGGCAACGCCACCACGGAGCCCGACCACCGUGACCUCGUCGACCUCGUCGACGUCAAGCUCGGCCACGAGUACGAGCUCGUCGUCACCACCUACUCCGGCCUCUACCGUUACCGCGUGGGCGACGUGCUGAGGGUGGCGGGCUUCAAGAACGCGGCGCCGAUGUUCACCUUCGUGCGACGGAAGAACGUGGCCCUGAGCAUCGACUCCGACAAGACGGACGAGACGGAGCUGCACGCCGCGGUGAGCGAGGCGGUGCAGCACCUGGCGCCGUUCGGGGCGUCGCUGGUGGAGUACACGAGCUACGCCGACGCCGCCACCAUCCCGGGGCACUACGUGCUCUUCUGGGAGCUCCGGACCCCCGCCGGCGGGACGCCGGUGCCGGCGUCCGUGUUCGAGGACUGCUGCCUCGCCGUCGAGGAGGGGCUCAACAGCGUUUACCGCCAGUGCCGCGCCGCCGACCGCUCCAUCGGGCCGCUGGAGAUCCGCGUCGUGGCGGAGGGGACCUUCGACAAGCUCAUGGACUACGCGCUCAGCCGCGGCGCGUCCAUCAACCAGUACAAGGCGCCGCGCUGCGUGCGGCCCGGCCCCGUCGUGGAUCUGCUCGACGACAGGGUGCAGGCCAACUACUUCAGCCCCAAGUGCCCCAAGUGGAGCCCCGGCAACAAGCAGUGGAUCAGCGCCGGCGCCGGCGCCGGCAACGGCGGCGCCGCCUGAGACAACGACGAGCUGAUCGAGCUAGAAGCUGAGAGAGAGUGUGCUAGCUAGCUGUGGUGAACAAUUGAGGAGCUAAGCAUGCAUGGUUAAGGUAAUCGGUUAGAUAAUCAUCAAGUGUUAGUGCAGGGUAGUACACUAGCUAGUGGUACGUAUGAUCAUGAAAUCUAUUGGCCGGCCUUUUGUUUU